UUACAUGGCUGUCUUCUAGUUUAUGUUGUUGCUAAGUUUUGAACUGUAAGGCCGACUUCGGUUUCGGAUAUUGACUUCUUGUCCCCCUUUAAGCCCUGGUUGUCGUUUCUGGUUCGGUUCUUAUUUGUUGUUCUUCCUUUUCUUCGCUGGUUGCAAUGCCUGCUAGUUAAUUCUUUCCUAGUUUUUUUAGCUCGUUUUAAGUCCUGGGUUUAGAUAUGUUCUGAUGCUGAAGAAUCCAUUUGGCUGGCUUUAAUUCUUAUCAAGAUUACUUUGGAUUGGUUUGGUUUAUUGGAUGUUUGUGAGAAGUGUUACUAGGGAAGACACCUCUCUUGAUACUACACUCUUUGCUCGGCCAUUGCUAAGUAAAUGACAUGUUUCAGCAACAGAGUACUCAUAAUUCAAGCUUUCUUCAAAACAACUCAUUAGUUCGUGAACAGAACAUACCUUUUGAUGCCAGCUCGAUGGAACCCACAAAUGGAAGCAAUGAUCCCAGCAAGCCCCCAAAUUUGGCCUCAAAACAGAGAUUGCGAUGGACACAUGAUCUUCACGAACGAUUCGUUAAUGCAGUGGCACAACUUGGUGGUCCAGAUCGUGCUACACCCAAAGGCGUCCUUAGAGUGAUGGGUGUUCAAGGUCUAACGAUAUACCACGUCAAAAGCCACCUGCAGAAAUAUCGACUUGCAAAAUACCUUCCCGACUCAUCGUCUGAUGGGAAAAAGGCUGACAAGAAGGAUUCUAUUGACGUUCUAUCGAACAUUGAGGGCUCGUCGGGAAUGCAAAUUACCGAAGCACUUAAGCUGCAGAUGGAGGUCCAGAAGCGACUGCAUGAACAAUUAGAGGUACAGAGACAGCUACAGUUACGGAUUGAAGCCCAAGGCAAGUACCUAAAGAAGAUAAUUGAAGAGCAACAAAAGCUUACUGGGGUUCUUUCAGGAGCAGCUCCAGUUGCCUCUUCCUUCUCAGCUCCUGCUUCUGGUGAGAACUGCCCAGAAACCGACAAGAACGACCCACCAACACCUGCGCCCACAUCGGAGUUUCCUCGACAAGAGAAAGCAUCAAAGGAACGUGCCCAAGCCAAGAGUGUCUCUAUUGAUGAUUCUUUCUCAUCUCGUCACGAACCAUUGACGCCCGAUUCUGGUUGUCAUAGCUCCCCAAAUGAGAGCCCAAGGCCAGUGAAGAAGCAAAGACAGUACCAGGAUGGUGCAUUUGCCAAAUCAGAGAUGAUACUCGCACAUCAGAUACUGGAGUCAAGUUUGAACUCCACUCACAAGGGAUCACGCUCUGUUUUUCCAGCCAGAGAAACGUUGGAUCCUUCAUCUGGACUAUCUAUAGGGGAUGAUGAGCAGUUUGACUAAACCACAGGGUCUCCUAGUCCUAGUGUUCCUUGUUUUCACAAGUUUAUCUUCCACGGUUAGUUCCUGUUGUAGUUUUGCUAGUCUCUACAUAUUGUGGUGUAUCAUAUCAUAGCACAUCUCGGCACAUAAUUUUUUUUCCUAAGUAGACCAAUAUUUGAUGAACCUGAUGAUUAUGUCCACAAUCCAAGCAGGACCCAUAUUUGAUCUUAUUAGAGAAUUAUCUGGCAGUUGAAACCAA